CAUACAUACAUACAUACAUACAUAUACAUACAUACUUAGACUUUUUUGGGACGGCUUUGCCUAUUUAACCGAACCGUCAAUGAAAAUGUAUUUUUAAUUUUUUUUAAUGAGCGAUUUCAGGAAUGUGUUGCUGCAACCUAGACAAAGAUGAUGGAGCCUUCGCGGAACAGGACUAUCCUCCAGCUGCCGCUGGAGAGUCCAUCUGGAGAGGGUGUCUGUGUCUGUCCAACCAGCGAACGAACGAGCGCCCGAAGACACUCUUCAAGGUGUCCCAUUGGCUGAGGAGCCCGUCAAUCAAGGGAGGCCCACGGUAGGUUGCAGAGCAGGCAUGUUGACUGUGGUUCAUAGGGCAGCACACAGCAGCGUACGCCGCCGGGGACAUCAAUGGUGGAGUACGCGUCCAUUCAGGGAAGGGUCUGAGAGAGACCACUACUGGGGCUUACAUGGAGAGCUGAAAGUGAAUAUGAGGUUCACGUCCUUAAUGAUGUACAUAUCUCCGGCGCUGCUAUUUAUUUUGUAUGUAUAUAUUGGAUUUUCUGAAGCUGCUCCCCGCAUCAGACCCUACGAUGCGUCGCCUCUUUCCGGGAAGCCCGGCUCAGCCUCUGACACCUGGGAGACCUUCCACACCGACGUGCCUCGUACUGUACCCGAGAGCCGGUUCGCUCUCGGGUCUCUAAUCGAACUCACACCGUCGCUUGUCAUUGUUUCUGCCGGCUCGACCACCACUAGCCCCAUCACUAAAACUGCAGCCACCUUCCACCCUCCACCAACGGACCCGACUACCACCACGGCCCCGGAUACCGGAAUAAUCCCAGCUAUCAAGGAACAAAUAACAGCGCCGGUUUCCAGAUCAACCGGUAAACGAUCCACCGAUGCACAAUCAUCACUCUUUGCUCCGGAGAAAAGGCUGCAGACCAUGGUGUCCAUGGUGUCCCAGCGCACAGCGAACGACGCCUGGGCAGCAGAUGGUACCGGCCCGUCUGCUACCUCAGUAGAGAGUCAAGAGGAUCUUUGUAACUGCAGCAGUGGUGGUGAGGGGAUUUUGGAUCCGGACGAGUGUGACUGGAGCAGCGGUCAGUGUUCCUGUGUGUUGGGCUACACCGGUCUGCAGUGCGAGGACUGCGAGGAGGGACACUUCACCAACGGCAGCGGCUGCCUGCCCUGCGCCUGCGACUCCUUCGGCGCAGUGAACCCCCUCUGUGACAGCUCAGGGAUAUGCGUGUGCAAGACGGGAGUGUACGGACCAAAGUGUGAUGAAUGCCACCCGGGUUUCUUCCACUUCAGCAGCACGGGGUGCCGGCCCUGCCAGUGUCAGAACCACACCAACUACUGCCAUCCCCAGUCCGGAGUGUGUGUGAACUGUGAGGGCAACACCCAGAGAUCCAACUGUGAGGAGUGUAAGCCUGGUUUCUACCGCAGUCCUGGAGCCGCCCUGACCACAGCCUGUGCACCGUGUCCCUGCUCCUACUCCACCUCUAAUGGCACCUGUCACACUGAUCCCAGUGGCUCCCCGGCGUGUGACCAGUGCCUUCCUCGGUACGGCGGCCCACAGUGUGACCAGUGCAGCGCCGGCUUCUAUAAAGCAUCUGGGCUCUGUGUUCCAUGCGACUGCACUGGGAACGCAGACCCUCUGGGCCCCCCCCAGCUCUGCCACCCCGACACUGGCCACUGCCUCCGCUGCACCAACACCACCAGCGGGCCCCAGUGCCAGCGCUGUGCUCCGGGCUUCAUAGGGGACGCCCGAGCACACAACUGCACCCGCCCAACCCCCCGGCUCCUUGCCACACCAGCAUUUACGACCACAUCGGAGGCCCCCGCGUGGAGUACGUCUCCCCCCUCCACCGCCACCAGCACCACGGUGACCUCCCCCACAGCGAGAGGCGUCCCGGCGUCCACGUCCAGCAGCAACACGAGCACCGCGCUGAGCACCGCUGCCACCACACAGGCGUUGGUGACCAGCCCGAGCAGCCCCACUGACAACACCACAGCGGCCCUGACGGAAGUCUCCUGGACGCAGUUCAACAUCAUCAUCCUGGCCGUCAUCAUUCUGGUGGUGCUGGUGCUGCUGGGCUUUGUCGGAGGCGUGUACACCUACCGAGAGUACCAGAACCGCAAACUCAACGCCCCCUUCUGGACCAUUGAACUGAAAGAGGACAACAUCAGCUUCAGCAGCUACCACGACAGCAUCCCCAACGCUGACGUGUCAGGCCUCCUGGAGGACGAGGCCAAUGAGGUGGCGCCCAACGGCCAGCUGGCACUCACCACGCAGGGCAACUGCUACAAGGCUUAGCCAUCCAUCCCCUAACUUUACCGCUGACACAAAGCUGCUGGAAAGUACCAAAUCCAAAGCUCCUUCAUGUAUGCCUGCUUGUUGUUACCCUGCUGGUCUGCGGCACCUCUAGCAGAUUCAAUCAAAGAUAUGGAAAAGAGACGCAGUGUUUCCACCUGAAACGUGUUCCCGGUUUGAUAUGAUUUAGGGUGGAAUGGGUGCUCAGUGAACAUCUGUGUUGGGUUGUGGCUGCAGAGAGCACUGGUGUGCAGAUCAGUGAGGUAAUUGCAUGGCGAGCGCCUGCUGGCUGAAACGAUGACCCUGACCCUGGUUACAGGACUUACAGGAGCCCAGCAUUUCAGAUAUUUUUCUUUUAAUGGACUUUUGACUGUUUAAGUUAUAACUGGAUCACAUUGACAGUGAUCCAAAUCUGAGACAAUGAUUGUUAUUUAAUGAAUUUUUAUUCCGUUCUUAUUUAAUUCAAUUCAAUUCAGUUUAUUUUGUAUAGCCCAAUAUCACAAAUUACAAAUUUGCCUCAGAGGGCUUUACAAUCUGUACACAUACGACAUCCCUGUCCCAGGACCUCACAUCGGAUCAGGAAAAACUCCCCAAAAAUAACCUUUGACAGGGAAAAAAGGGAUUUAUUGGUUGACGUUUCAUUCUUGGGAGAAAUGCUGCACAUGUACGUGUGUUUUAUUCAUCGUGUUUGAUCUUAUGUGCUGUCCAAUGGUAAUUUGAAUUGCCCAAUAUGUUUCCAUGUAUAGUUUGUGUAUUUCGGAGAGAAUCCUAGGGGAAGACGAAGGGUGCUGGCCCAAAGCCUUUGAAUGACCGCAUCUUUUGUUUAUAGCUUCCUGUCUGUUGUUAAAGCGUGCCAGCUCACCUGCGUAUCUACGAGGAGUGUUUCUUCCGACACAACUAGCGUUUAAAAACUCUCCACCGAGCACUACUGCAGGUAGUGACUCAGGCUUAAACCACUGUAAUCUGCUCGGGAUCUAAUCUGCUCCUUGCUUCCAUCCUCGACAAAAAGGUGAACAAAGCAUUUGAAAAAUGUUUCAGGUUUAUCUCGAGGUUGGGUUCUGUGACACGUGUUCCAGUAUUGACACUGUUGUUUAGAGGGCCCGGCCUGCACCGGGUCGGGCUUCCUCAUCCCACAAUCGAACUAGGUCAUCAGCUAAAAGGGCAAGUGGCUUUAAAGUUGACUCAAAGCGUCACACCUGGUCCUGGACACGGGUCCCAUGUGUUCUGUGUUGUUUAGGCUUCAUUUUACCACGGAUAUGAGUAAAGCUAAUUAUGGAACUAACUCCUCAGGUACUGGCUCUUUCCCUAAUGUGAUCACUGUAAAUAUGAUUAUUGUACAGAUGAAUGUGAAUAGUAGCACUAUUAUUGUACAGGUAGAAUACUGUGUGUACACUGUCACUCAACACGCUCCUCUCACUCUCCAGGGUGUGAUUCUGCAGUCGACCCGCAGCGGUUACUCUUUAUUUCUUUUUAUCAGUAGACUUUGCCAUAAACGCAGUUGCGUGACUAAAAUGCACCCCCAGAACUCCAAAACAAAGAAUAAAAUGAUGUAAAUAAUACCCCAAAAGAGGUCAACUCUCAAAUAAAGAUGGUUUUAACUGUU